GACGGCCACGUCCGAGAGCGCGCUGAAGUCACCGACGGGGCCGAAGGGGCGGAGGAACGGAUGGAAGAUGGCGGCGGGGGCCGGAUGUUGGCGCCGCCUCCCGCAGGUCUUGAGCCGGCGCAGAUGAGGCGGCUCGGUCGGGGCCAGCGGCGCUUCGGAACCCGAGCUGGGGCGACCGUGGCGGCGGGGCCCGCCCCUGCUAUGUGCCGGCGCCUCGGGUAGAGCGCGGAAGAGCGGCGGCGAAGCCUCGGGUCUCCGCUCCCUCGUCUCCUGGGCGGGCGCGGUCUGCGCAGGGCGGCGGCGGCCGCGGGGCCGGUAUGGAAGACGUGAACUCCAACGUGAACGCGGACCAGGAGGUGCGGAAGCUGCAGGAGCUGGUCAAGAAGCUGGAGAAGCAGAACGAGCAGCUGCGGAGCCGCUCCGGGGCCGCGCAGGCCGCCGCCCCCGCCUCCGGCACCGCCUCCCCCCGAGGCUUUCCGCUGGGCCUCCCCGCCAAGGCGGCCGCGGCCGGGCCCACCCCGGGCCUGCGGAGGGCUAGUUCCGAGGAGCUGCGAGACGGGGCCACGUCCUUGCUGGCGGCCGGCGAGGGCAGCGUGCUGGACGACGUGGAGCCGCUGCGGCCGGACGAGCUCGAGCGCCUGCUGGCCUGGGAGGAGGACGAGAGCUGGCUGUAUUCAUCACCAAAGAAGAAACUGACUCCAUCACAGAAAGCAAUUAGCCCCUUAGUUUGGUGCAGGCAGGUUUUGGAUUACCCAAGUCCUGAUGUUGAAUGUGCUAAAAAAUCUCUGAUCCACAAACUUGAUCAAACUAUGACAGCCAUCAAGAGACAGAGUUUGUACAAUAAUUCUUUCAACUCUAUGAGUUAUUCAAAUUCAUACAGCCCAAAUGCUAGUAGCCCUUAUAGCAGUGGUUUCAAUUCUCCUUCCUCAACACCAGUGAAACCUCCUAUGGUCAAACAGCUUAUACUUCCUGGAAGUUCAGGUAAUUUUAAAAGUUCUACAGAAAAAAAUCCUCCACUCAGUCCUCAGUCUUCUGUAGAUAGUGAGCUAAGUGCUUCAGAAUUGGAUGAAGACUCAAUUGGAUCAAAUUAUAAGCUAAAUGAUGUAACAGAUGUGCAGAUUCUAGCUCGGAUGCAAGAAGAAAGUCUCCGGCAAGAAUACGCAGCCACUACAUCUCGGCGCAGUUCUGGUUCAUCAUGUAAUUCUACAAGACGGGGUACAUUUAGUGAUCAGGAACUUGAUGCUCAAAGUUUAGAUGAUGAAGAUGACAAUAUGCAUCAUGCAGUAUACCCUGCUGUUAACAGGUUUUCCCCAUCACCACGCAACUCACCACGGCCUUCACCUAAACAGUCACCCAGAAAUUCUCCUCGUUCUCGAUCUCCUGCUCGGGGGAUGGAAUACAGUAGAGUGUCCCCCCAACCUAUGAUAAGCCGCUUACAGCAACCUCGUCUUUCUCUUCAAGGCCAUCCUACAGAUUUACAAACAAACAAUGUUAAAAAUGAAGAAAAACUAAGACGUAGUCUUCCAAACCUGUCCCGGACCUCUAAUACUCAAGUUGACUCUGUGAAAAGCAGCCGAAGUGACUCAAAUUUUCAAGUGCCAAAUGGAGGAAUACCUCGAAUUCAAUCUCAAGCAUCAGCCACUUCCCAAAGGCUGAAAAAUUUGCCUCGUACUUCCCUCAAAGCCAAACAGUUGCUUCAAACUUCAUCUACAAAAAGAGUACCUUCUCCAAGUAAAUUCCGCUCCCCUGCAGCACCAUCUCCUUUGGCUCUCCGACAGCCAGUGAAAGCUUUUAAUAAUCAUGGUUCUGGCCCUGUUGGUGGGGGUCCAGAGGCGGCACCCCUCCCUCAGACUAAUUCUUCCCCUGGGCCCCCCAGCGUUCAAAACGCGAUCUCACCAAGUCCUGCCGGCGGCAUCAACAGCACGACCCUCACCAGACCCGCGGGAACGCCAGGGAUGAGGAGCAGCUUGCCCAGACCCAGCGCCCCUUCGGCCGGGGGGAUCCCAGUGCCUCGCAGCAAGCUUGCACAGCCUGUUCGCAGAUCAUUGCCAGCUCCUAAAACGUAUGGUAGCAUGAAAGACGAUAGUUGGAAAGACGGCUGUUACUGACCAGCAGAGGAGAAUGCAGGGUCCACGGCUUUACGGACGUCCCUCCGGCAGACUGAAAGACAACUUUAUAUGCAGACUCUUCAGACGUGACUUUGGGAUUUGUAAAGUCCCAGCCCUCUCUGUCUUAAUUAGCACAAACUGACAGAGAUGAUCAAGCAGCACUUUAAUGACAUUUAACAUCAGCUAUGUUUGGUAAUCAUACAAUCAUUCUCCAUCGAAUCACUUUUAGUUUUGUUUACUAGAGAACCCAGUUAAUUUUUGAGUAUUCGACCGAGGCCAAUGUCUGGGCAAAAACCUUAACAGAUGCCAAAGAGAAAUGCCCAUUUGCAUCCUAGAGUGCAUCUUUGUGCACGAGACAUGCGGUAGAUUCGAGCUAUCCAAAACAAUCAGCCUACUUUAGCUGUAUAAAAAAAAGAUACAUUUUCCCCACCAAUAAAUGUGUUUUAAUGAGAACUAAUAUUCUGACUACAAUUGUCUAAAGUGGUGUUUUCCCUUGGACUCAAAUUACAAAAUGAAAAAACAUUUUGGUUUUAAAAAGUAAAAAUACCUAUUUAAAAGAACUCUUGCAGCAAUUAUUUUGGAGAUUUACUAAAGAGAUGGUUUACCCUAGUAGACAUGGCAUUAUGUGAUCCUAAGUUGUGGAUGUAGCUAACAUAAAUCACCACCAUGAGUUAGUAUUCGCCUGCAUCCCGCAUGUUGCAUCGACAUCCGAAUUUUGUUUCUGUUGCCAAAAGGGCUUAAUAUCAGUUGUACAUCUUUCCAAACUUCAUAAUUCCUGGCUCAGGAAAGAUGACCUUCGCUAUCGAAGCCAGCUGGUUAACAUGUUGUUCACUAUUACAGAACGGAGAGGUAAUUUUGGUAGUUGUAUUAUUAGCAGGUUUCCUUGAUGAUAGAAAAAGAGCAAGUCAUACUGUAUUAUUCAUCUUGAUUCUCACACCUCAGUGCUUACAGCCUGGAACAAAACUGUAGACAAUAACAGCUAAGGAAAAAUCUAUGCACUUACACAACAAAAUCUCUGGACGUGAUAGUUGUACUGUCGAUACCAAAUGACACCCGUAUAGUUCUGUUUCAUGAUAUGAAAAAUAGCUUGCCGAAUGGAUCCUGUUUUUUUAUGUUCAAGAUUUUUUGAGAUGUUGUCCCUUAGAAGAUGUAUUCUGCCUUAUAUCUGUUUUUGCAUUAUUGCUAACAUUUUGAAACCUGCUGCAUAUGUUUACAAAAUGUUAAAUCUUCCCAUACCAUGGCUAUCAAAUUUACGCUUUGUCUACACAAUGGUUUCACCUACCUGAUCGCCAGGCAAAACUGCUUUAUGGGAAACUUUUUUGGUUUAUUUUUUAAGCUGUUUUUUCCUCCCAGUAAUUUUAGAAGACUGGGACUUUGGUAGCCUAAAAAUGAUUUAGAUAACCAAACAUAAGUUCUUGUGUCUGUUAAGCAAAGAAAUAAGCUGGCCGAAGUAUGUGAAAUAGGAGUGGGAGGACUUGUAGGCAAGGGAAUCUUUGGGCAUAGCCUUGAGUUUUAAGGGUUAAAAAAGAGGGUGAAAUAUACUGUAAAAACCCCGUUUUAUAAUACUCACAUGGUAUUGGGAAAUGUCAAAUCACUUAAAACAAGAAGAAAUUUAUCCUUAUAGUACCAGUGAGUUACUGAAUUUUUAAUAGUGGUAGAGUACCGUGGUAGCAUAGGAAUACCACAAGAUGAAAUAUUAUGUGCCAGAGGCAAAGAAAAUAGAGAAGGAAACUAGCAAGUCCCGUCUACGCUCGGAUGACGCUUAUACACUCGCACGCUGAAGCCAUGUAGUUUGCCCUGCCGUGUAACCCGCUUAUAUUCUAAUACUAAGGUAGACGGGACUCCCUGUUCCUAGGACACAGUCACAAGAUAGAUUUCGGGACUGAAGACUCAAGGACAAAUGGCAGCAAGACUUUUCUGUAACUCCACAACCUUGUACUACCACAGACUUUCCCUCUGAGCACCUUGUUAACACGGGCCAGCUGUAGCGUUCACUUCUACACAGGUGAUGUCACUUAAUUCUCGAAGCAUAGAAGUGAAAGAUCUAGCUAUUGCCAUAAAAACAGGCCUGUUUUCAAUGCAACAUUGCAAAAAAAAUAUGCUGCAGUCGAAUAGGAAUUUUAAUCGAUCUAGUAGGAGAAACAUUAAUCUUUCAGUUUUAAAAUAAGUUUCAAAAGGAAUAUUCAGGUUAUUUAACUUUGUUUUUAAAUGGCUGCAUCUGAAAAUAUAUAUUUUUAAAAUUCAAGUACUUCAUCACUUAUUACAAAGGUAUUCUGAACUCGGGUUUGGCAAAGCAAACUUUUUACCUGCUGUUCUUCUACCACAGACAUUUGGCUUCUGGUUUCCUGAAGAGAAAAAUUGUUUUUUGGUUUUUUUUUUAAACUAGGAAGCCUUUGUGCACUGCCAAUUUUUCUGUUUGAGGAAAUCUAAGGAUACUCUGUGGUUAGACUUACUUAUGGAAGAAAUGUGGAUUUGAUAAACUAGUGCCUAUGAUUUACUUAACUUAUGUUUGAUAUAUAGUAGUAAGGGUUUUAUGAAUGUGGAUUUUUUUUUGUGCCAACAGCUCUGAAUUGUCACUUAUAUGUAAGCAGAAAGCUUUGAGCUCUGCUUCCAAAGUUAUUUAAUUUUUCCAGUGUUUGAAUGUUAUUUUUUGUAAGUGUGUUAAUAAAAAGUGUAAAAAUUAGAAAAUAUAAAUAUUCUUAACUCUUAAGCAUUUGCUGGAUCAUUUUUCUAUAAAACCUAUUUGUAUAAUAUAAAACACUCUUAAGGGUUGACUUUUUCUUCAGUCUAUCAGACCCUCGAAUCACAUUUUGUAAAAAAUAGUAAUACAACGGGGACCAUUCAUAAUUGUCGCAGAAUUUUUAACGUUAAUAUCAACCAGUUUCCAUACCGAUUUUAUCACUUUUAUAACAAACAUUUUCAAAAAAAUCUAAUUGGAUAUGUAUGUGGCCCCUGGAUAUGUGUAUCUGUAGUAUGAUCCUAGACUAUGUAUGUUUAAAUUAACUUUUUACCGAAUUGACUGUACAGGUGUCCAUUUUUGACAUUAUGCAUGGUCCUUUUAGAUCACAUGAAGUUUGAUUUGCAGACAUUUCUAUAGACUGACUUGUAAAUGUGGUUGUCUCCUUAAUAAACAGCCUGACCGUAA